AAACAGUUUUCCGAGAUUUUAUAAACUUCAUGAGUCAUACAUAACUCAUGACCUUCCAUCUACGGGGAUCCGAAAUAACUUGCAAUGUACUUCGUCUAGUUUCCGUUCUCCUCCCGCGACACGCCCGUUUAUUCGAUCAUUUGAUCGCGAAGCGACGACUGAUCUCUUCUCGCCGGAUCCCUCGCGUUCUCUGAAAUCCAUGGCGGAAGAGACCAAACCCUCGCAAAACCCUAAAACCCCUCAGAUGGCGCCGGUUCCAGCGACGGCGAAAGGCGGCGAUCGCGACUUCCUUCUCCAUCUCGAGGCUUACCUCGCCCGCCGGGACGGCGUCGACAAGCUCCUCAAGAUUUCCCGCUACGCCGCCAAGAUCGUCCUCUCCACCUCCCUCCCCUCAAAAGCCCUCGCCCCCCGCCUGAAGGCCUUCGAGUCCAGCGUUGGCCUCAGCCGCAAAGCUUUCCGCCUGGGCAAGUUCGUCCAGGACGUCAACGCCUUCCGAUCCGCCGACGGCUCCCCCUCCUCCGCCGACCUCCUCCUCGCAGCCGUUGCCUACGGCGGCGAGGGCCUCUACUACUUCGUCGAGCAGUUCGUCUGGCUCUCCAAGGCAGGCCUCAUACCGUCGCAGCACUUGCGGCGGCUCCAAAAGAUCAGCGCCUGGGCGGAGCUCGUGGGGUACCUCGGGAGCAUCUCCUUGAAGGCCAAAGAGCUGCGAAAGAUCCGAUUUUUGCUUGAGUCGAAGGUUCGGAGCACGAAAUCAUCGGAGGAUGACGAUGAGAUACAGAAAUUGCGGGUGAAGUUGUUGCUCAAACAACUAUCGCUCGUCCAAGACUUCGCGGAUGGUCUGAUGGCGCUCGGGGAUGUGAGCGAUGGGAAGGGUUUUCUCUCGAAUCCUCUGUUGAUGGCUUCGGCCGGCCUUCUUUCGGCUCUAAUCAGCACUCAUAAGAAUUGGACUUCUUGCUGAGGGGUGAUCAAUGUUCACGUGAAUGCAGGGAUAAAUGAGAAAGGAGACAGUUUUAAGUGGCAAUAGAAGCAAAGAAAUUUAGAAGAUAAAUAAAAAAGGCGGUAGUGAUACUGAAUGGCUCUUUACAGAAUCUUAACAGUUUUAAUGUAGACUUUGAUAUCCGGUGUAAUCCAGCAAAUUGGGUAAUGAUGGCUUUUCUUUUUCUUUUUUAAAAAAAACAAGAAGACUAUUCACUGCAUGGUGCUAUGGCACUGGUAUUAUGCCUCUUUAGUUCAUUAACAUUUCAAUGAUUCUGUCCUUUGAUCCUGUUUGUAUUGCAACUGCCUGUCCCUUCAUAAGAGGAAGCAUUGCAUUAAA